AUGGAGGGCAGCUGGAAAAUUCAAUUUUUCUUCUUCGUAUGCUGUUUCCUGGGACCUUGGGCAUCUGCAACUGUCCAGCGUUACCGAAGGUUCCCUAUCUCCUUGACUCCUAAUCCUGAGAAUGACCUUUGUCCACCAGUCAGGAUUGGCCAGGAUGAUUUACCAGGAUUUGACUUAAUUUCUCAGUUUCAGGUAGAUAAAGCAGCAUCUAGAGGAGCUAUCCAGAAGGUUACAGGCUCAACAUCAUUACAAGUGGCUUAUAAAUUGGGAAAUAAUGUAGACUUCAGGAUCCCAACCAGACAUUUGUAUCCCAAUGGACUACCUGAAGAAUACUCCUUUUUAACAACUUUUCGGAUGACUGGAAGCACUCUGAAAAAGAACUGGAGCAUCUGGCAGAUACAAGAUUCCUUGGGGAAAGAGCAAGUUGGCAUGAAGAUUAAUGGCCAAACUCAAUCUCUUUCAUUUUCCUAUAAAGGUGUGGAUGGCAGCCUCCAAACUGCAGCUUUUUCAAAUGUUCCUAUUUUAUUCGAUUCCCAAUGGCAUAAAGUUAUGAUUGGUGUGGAAAGGAGAAGCGUCACCCUCUUUAUUGACUGCAAAAGGAUUGAAUCCUUACCCAUAAAGCCAAGGGGCAAGAUUGAUGUGGAUGGUUUUGCUGUUCUAGGAAAGCUCACAGAUAAUCCUCAGGUUUCUGUUCCGUUUGAACUCCAGUGGUUGCUGAUUCAUUGUGACCCUCUGAGACCUAGAAGAGAAACUUGUCAUGAACUUCCAGUCCGGCCAAGCCUGAGCAACGGGGAGAGAGGUCCGCCAGGUCCCCAGGGGCCUCCUGGGCCUCCCGGUCCCCCAGGAGUUCCGGGCAUUGAUGGUAUUGAUGGAGAUCGAGGGCCGAAGGGUCCCCCAGGCCCCCCGGGUCCCACUGGAGACCCAGGAAAACCAGGAGCUCCAGGUUUACCUGGCACACCAGGAGCAGAUGGCUUGACAGGACCUGAUGGAUCACCUGGCUCAGUUGGUCCAAGAGGACAAAAAGGAGAACCUGGGGUCCCAGGAUCACGUGGAUUUCCUGGUCGUGGUAUUCCUGGACCACCUGGACCUCCUGGUGCAUCAGGACUUCCUGGAGAACUUGGUCGUGUGGGGCCAUCUGGUGAUCCCGGGAGAAGAGGACCACCUGGCCCUCCAGGUCCCCCAGGACCUAGUGGAACAAUUGGGAUUCAUGAUGGGGAUCCAUUGUGUCCCAAUUCCUGUCCACCAGGUCGUUCGGGAUAUCCAGGUCUACCAGGCUUAAGGGGUCACAAAGGGGCAAAGGGAGAAAUUGGGGAACCAGGAAGACAAGGUCACAAGGGAGAAGAGGGUGACCAAGGAGAACUUGGAGAAGUGGGAGCUCAAGGACCUCCGGGUCCUCAAGGCUUGAGAGGAAUAACUGGUAUAGCUGGGGCCAAAGGAGACAAAGGAGCUCGUGGCCUUGAUGGUGAGCCUGGGCCUCAGGGGCUUCCUGGUGCACCUGGUGAUCAAGGGCAGAGAGGACCACUAGGAGAAACAGGCCCCAAGGGUGACAGAGGUGUUCAGGGUCCUAGAGGGAUAAAUGGUCUCCCAGGUCCCAAAGGAGAGAAUGGCUUGCCAGGGGUAGAUGGUCGAGAUGGAAUCCCUGGAAUGCCUGGAUCAAAGGGAGAACCUGGGAAACCUGGUCCUCCUGGUGAUAUAGGAAGACAAGGGCUUCCUGGUUUACCUGGAACUCCUGGUGCAAAAGGUGUUGCUGGUGAAAAGGGUAAUACAGGUGCUCCUGGGGUACCUGGUGCUAUGGGAAAUUCAGGCAAACCGGGUCAACAAGGACCUCAAGGGGAAGUUGGACCACGAGGACCCCGGGGACUACCAGGUAGCAGAGGAGAAUUAGGACCCAGUGGUCCUCCAGGCUCACCAGGCAAAGUGGGUCCUCUUGGCAGCCCAGGCCUUCCAGGUCUGCCUGGUCCCCCUGGACUCCCUGGAUUGAAAGGUGACAGGGGUUCAGUUGGUGAGCCUGGUCCAAAGGGAGAACAAGGUCGUGUUGGUGAAGAAGGUGAAGCAGGAGGAAGAGGAGAACUAGGAGAUAUAGGAUUGCCAGGCCCAAAGGGAUCUGUGGGUAACCCUGGAGAACCUGGUUUAAGAGGGCCUGAAGGAUCACGUGGGUUGCCUGGAGUGGAAGGAUCCAGAGGGCCCCCUGGACCACGAGGUAUGCAAGGUGAACGAGGUGCGACAGGUCUUCCUGGCAUCCAGGGCCCAGCGGGUAGAGCACCAACUGAUCAGCAUAUUAAGCAGGUUUGCCUAAGAGUUAUGCAAGAGAAUCUAGCCUUGAUGGCUGCUAGCCUGAGGAGGCCUGAUUCAGGUGCUUCUGGGCUACCAGGAAGACCUGGACCACCAGGUCCACCUGGGCCCCCAGGAGAGAAUGGUUUCCCAGGCCAGAUGGGCCCCCGUGGACUCCCUGGUCUUAAAGGUCCUCCUGGUGAACUUGGCUUGAGAGGCCCUAAAGGUGACUUGGGUGAAAGGGGUGAGAGAGGACCUCCCGGAAGAGGACCCAAAGGCUUGCCAGGAUCAAUUGGUCUCCCAGGUGAUCCAGGUCCAGCAAGCUAUGGGAAAGAAGGACGGGAUGGAGAACGAGGCCCUCCAGGUCCUGCAGGAAUUCCUGGAGUCCCUGGCCCUCCUGGCCCUGCUGGUCCCCCUGGUUUCUGUGAGCCAGCCUCCUGUACGGUACAGGCUGGCCAGCGUGCUUUCAGCAAAGGGCCAGAUCAGUGACAGGCCUAGUGUCUAAUCACUAUUUCCACAGAUAACUGAUGGCAAAGGGAAAAAACUGAGAAGCAGUACACAAAGCCGCUGAAUAAGCGGAAGACUUUCAUUAUUGUUUUUAACAUUAUUACAAAAUUUGUACUUGACAAUCAGAUUUAGAACAAUGGUGCUAUACAAGAAGAUUUUCUGUCUUUUCCUCAAGAGGAAAAAAAAUGGCAAGGUUAGCAAAACCAGAUCCCUUUAAAUAAAGACACAUCCCUGUUACCAGCAGCCCUAAUUUAUAGUGUGCUAUAUAUAUCCAUGAUACUGUAUCUUGGGCCCCUGAGCCAAUAAACAAACAAACAAAAAGACUGGUUUCCCUCAGUUGCAGCAGUUACCUUCACCAUCUAGUUAAGCCUUAUUCUCAGAUCACCAUUCCAACUCUUACAGAGAUGGCUGACAGAAUGCUUAUGAAGACACCUGCUACGUUGACUUGAUAUGGUGAUGUAAAUCUCUGUCAGUGUAUUAUUGCUAGAUGGGCAUGGUAAGCACUGUGCCAUGUUGAAUGGCUUCCAUAAAUCGCAUGUGGGUUUUCAUUUUGGGCUAUGGUUUCUGGUGAUCCCUAUUGUUUCGGGAAAUUAAUUCCACCUUGGUUCCUUCUGUGAAAAGUCAAAGCAGCAGGGCCAUGAGCCACUGUUAAUAGAGUCAUGAUGUCCAGGAAUUCAUAAGCUUUGUCG